AUGUAUCCCCCGAAUCGACUAAAACUACCAAAUUUCAGAGCUGCAUUGCAACGAUAUCUUACCUACAAAUCACCAGUUUACAUCAUCACCGAUGCUUUGCCUAAUGAUCUUGAAGUGUUGGAAUCAGUUUUCCAUUUGGAUUCUUACUGGCGUGUACCUCUCAACUUCAUUUAUGUGGAACCCGCACCAUCGUCAGAUUGUGUGACAACCAUUGAGAAUCCCGACUACAGAGCUAUGGAUUCAUUAGCUCAGCGAUCCGGUGGAACGACUUUUUAUUUCUCGUCUAAUAAUCAGGGCUCUAUACAAUCAUUCCUCUAUCAACACAUGUACAGUACGAUCUAUCGUUCUCAACUACUUCUUUUGGACGAUCUUCCAGUUUGCGCUAAUCAAAAGGUCUACAAUCCUAUCGCCAUUGAUACCUCAGCUGAUCAAAUGGUUAUCGUGGCUACAGGAAAAAAUCUAUCGCUUGUUCUCACCACACCUGAAGGUGGACUAUCCACUUACGAUACCGUAUACACUGACGGAACUAAUUACAUUUGGACAAAGAACGGACCUUACACCGGAAAUUGGAUGGUCUCUUUCUGGACAUCUGAACAGACUCUAGGAUGCAAUUAUAAAGUUUACCAAAAGUCGUACCACACACCAGCCUCCAUUGCGAACCAAUUUGAUCUGUUCUGGGGUGUUGCUGGGCAGAUCAACGAAGAUACCGUAUCCCUCCAGCCAUACUACAACUUCGCUCAGGCUAUUGUAAUGCAUCUGACCAACUUCCAUCUGGAAUCACCUCCGGAACGAGUCUCAGCCGCUCUAACUGUCAGGGCUAUCAGGGACAAUCGUCCGGUUACGGUAUAUGCCACAAAUGGUGAAUGGCGUGAUGUUUGUUCGUACAAUUUUUAUUUCCCACCACUGCAAUGCAAAAUUCCAAAUGAAAUCCUCUAUUUCAACUUUUUCGUUCGCGAUUCAUUUGGCUUCACAGUUCAAAGAGCUGGAGUCAUGUACUGCGCUCAAAUUCAACCAACACCGGAACCGCCACCGCAUCAGUGCCAGAAUGGUGGAAUUAUCAAUGCUGCAAACACGACCUGCUUUUGCCCACCAGGAUUUACAGGAACCUAUUGUGACCAAGUGGUUUGCUACAACGGUGGAACCCCAGCUGGACAAUUCUGCAUGUGCCCUACAGGAUGGAUUGGAACGUUCUGCGAAGUUUGCUACAACGGUGGAACCCCUGCUGGACAAUUCUGUAUGUGCCCUACAGGAUGGAUGGGAACGUUCUGCGAAGUUGCUAAGUGCACGGAAAUGGGAAUUACACCAGAAUAUAUGCGCACAAAUGUCGAUAUGGUGUUCAUGCUUGAACUCACUGAACAAGCUCAUGCUCAGGUCUACUACCUCAACUCCAUCUUCCCAGAUCUCAUCCGGGAUAUCCAAUCACAAGAUGGCACGUGGAUUACCCGCUACGUCAUUGUUGGAUACAAUUCUACUUGGGCUGAUAUCCUUUACAUGUCUCCUUCGUUCGACCCUUCUGGUAUGAUUAAAUUUAUGAAUCAGUUGGCUCAGCAAGUGCCUACCGAUAACGGUUGCGUGGUUCAGCUUUGGAAAGCGCUCGACCUAGUGUCUAGAUACAUAAGAUUCGGUUCGUAUGUGGAAGUCUUUGUGGCCUCACCUCAAGAUGAGACGAUGUUCGACAACUUCUACAUAGGUUAUGAAAAUGCUAGAGCUUUGGGUGUUCGUGUGAACGCUUUUGUCAAUGUGUUCGAAAAGGGAUUAGCUUGUAAUGCUACUGAUAACGAUUUCGAUAAACUCUUCGCCUUAACUUCAUCAACAACUGGUUACAACUAUGCGCUUCAUCCAUUUGAUAUAUCUACCGUGAUCACCCGUCUCAUUCCUCUCCAGUUUUCGUCGGGCAUCGUUUAUUCACAAUACCAAGAUAAUUGUAUGGAUAAUCACAACAUGCAGGUAUUCUUCCCUAUCGAUGCCUACGCUCAAACUAUUCAGCUCAAUGCUUUAGGAUUCAAUAAGACCGUAACAAUCUAUGACGGAGAUGGAAAUGUACAGGACUCUAUGGUAAUUCUUAGCGAUCCAACAACCGGAUGGGAUAUUCUAGAAGUGCGAAAGCAAUGUGAUUCGGGCUGGGACCAAGUCGAUCAGUACUGUAUUCGUUUCGAAGGUCUUGCGUUAUCGUAUGACGAUGCUGACAGCUUCUGCCACAAUGUUGGUGGAAGUCUGGUCGAUGACCUUACCGAUGCUAAGCAUAACUACCUUCUGAGAGAGUCAUACGGGAUUGAUUUCUGGAUAGGUCUUAGCAAUCCAAACAAUACCGGCUACGUUUGGGACAGACCCUAUGGGACACCAAUGUUACCUGUUAGUUUAUUCAGACAGAGUAAUUUGUAUGGAGAGGUCCCACUUUACCCGCUUGCCGCUUUUCAGCUGAGUGCACCCACCUACUGGACUGGAGGACAAACUCCC